GUCAACCUUGCAUGCUUAAAGGUGACCUGUGCCUCAUCUAACUUUCCGACACCUCCCGACAAGGGGGUCAUCUAGCAAGAUAAAUGGUUAGUGAAUCCCAGUGAGCGAGUCACAUUUGAGUCAAAAUGCCGCUUAAUUACUCGAAAUGGGACAACCUUGAGCUCAGCGACGAUUCCGACGUCGAGGUCCACCCGAAUGUGGACAAGCGCUCCUUCAUCCGCUGGAAGCAGCGCGACAUUCAUGAGAAGCGCGACUUGCGUAAGCAUGAGCUCGAAAGUCUCAAGCUUGAGCUUUCAAUCAACGAGAAACUGGUUCCGAUGCUGAAUGAAAUUGUCGCCUCCACAAGUUCCGAAGGGCAUGCAUUCUUCUCGCGCCGUACUGCACAGCUGACGGCUGGCCGUGCAGAGAGGGGAAACAAGGAUGGUCCGGACGGUCCGACGCCAGACGACAUGAUCAUUUCUCUACUGCUGCAGAUCAACGAAGAGGAUGGUGUCAAAGGCAAGCAAUCUGCAGAGCUGGACGAGGCGUUAGUAUCCUCGCUAAAGGGACACUUGGGAAAGCUGGAAGAGAGGACAAAGCAGGUCAAGGAGCAGAUCGCACAGAUGGAAGAGGAGGACAAAAAGAAAAUCACGAGCGAUUCGAUUCGAGAAGGGUGGAGUGCAGGGUAUGUCGCAAAAGCCGAGCUAGAGCCGCCACAAUCGGCCCCCUCCGGCUCCAAGAAGAAGGCCAAAAAUUCCACACAAUCGGGAAUAAAGACGAUCGAGACGAUCAACAGUCCGUCCACUAAGGCGGACGCAGAAGUCAAUAGCGGAGAGAGCAGCGAGGACGACGAUGACGAGAUCCCAGCAGCGACGAGUGCGAUGCUUCAAUUCGCCUCCUUACCCUCUGCGAUCCCCCCGUCCAUCCCUUAUACUGCGCAGAGCCUCCCGGGUACCUUUAUCCCAUCGCGGCAUCUGAACACGACGGCGUUUGAGAAGGCGUAUGUGUUCCUGGGCGAGCACCGGGAGUUGCUGCGUCCCGGAACAGAUGGAGGCGAUGGGUCGACGACGGACGCGCUGCUCGUCGAGGCUUUCCAGGCGGAGCAAAAGGAGCAGAAGGAUAAGGCGAGAAAGUGCGUGGAGAAGGCGCUGCUCGUGCAGUACUGUCAGAAGCUAGGCAAGGACGGUGUAAGUCUGUUUUUCAAGAAGAUGGUUGCAGCAGACGGCAAGGCAGCGCUUGUCUUCCUGAACGACGUUCUUUCGACCUACGUGCGCAUCGCAACGCGCUGCGCUGAGCUGGCCCAGCGGGAAUCCAGCUCCGAUGGUGCAGCGGGCGAGGAGCAGAUCCAGCUCGUGGCGGAAGACCCAAGCACGACGAUCACAUUUGAAGUGCCGGACGGCCCACCGCCGGAGCACAUCACGCUUGAAGGCGAAGGGCUUGAGGGCGUUUCAAUCGAUGCGGUGCGCGAUCACCUGCAGCGCCGCUGGGACUUGUUCUGCUCCUUCCCCGACGAAUUCCGCGAGGCGCUCAAGACGAAAGAACUAGAUCAGGUCAACAAGGCGCUCGGUAAGAUGAAAGUCGACGAGGCGGAGAGACUUGUCGGCCUCCUGGACGAAGCGGGCAUCCUCAGCUUUAGCAGCACCGAGAUCAGGGACGAGACGGGCAAAGCAUAAUUGUGCCGAUGUGAUCAUUCGCUUCCUCUUCAUUUGAAGUUUACACAGCGUAAUCGGUGCGCAUGGAGCACUCUGUCUUCAGCAGCGCGGGUGAUCUUUGCAAUUCAUACAAAGUGUCUGGGAACAUACAUGCCAGAGCUUUCUGCACAGGUACAAGU